AUGACCAACUACAAGAUCCUCGCCGCAGCGAAGAAAGCGGUACAACAGGACAAGAUCCCCAAGAGUUGGCGGAUCCUUGCAGAGAAGUUUCAAGACGUUUCCAACGUUAUGGAUGUACCACUUUCCUGCGGGCUAUUGGACGAACAAGAAGCCAAAAUCACUUCCAACUACGAUGCAACGGCGCUUCUCGAAAAGCUCAAGGCUAGAGUCUGGUCUGUUGAACAAGUGACUGUAGCCUUUUGCAAAAGGGCUGCUAUUGCUCACCAACUAACGAACUGUUUGACGGAGAUCUUUUUCGACGAUGCUAUUGAACGGGCCAAGAAGCUUGACCUAGAAUACGGCCAAAUGUCUCGGGAUGCCCUCCCGCCACUGUUUGGACUACCGAUCUCACUCAAGGAUAGUUUCCAAGUUUCUGGGUAUGAUACAUCGACUGGGAUGGGUUGUUAUGUACACCAGCCGGCAGAGGAAAACAGCGCUCUGGCUGCUAUGCUGAUUGACCUGGGUGCCGUUCUUUACUGCAAGACCAAUCUGCCUCAGACAAUCAUGACUGGAGAUACCGACAACAACAUCUUUGGUAGAACCUUGAACCCUCGCAACAAAUCACUCACGGCGGGUGGAAGUACAGGAGGUGAAGGUGCGCUCAUUGCGCUUCGAGGCAGCAUCCUCGGAUUUGGCACAGAUAUUGGCGGCAGUAUUCGUGUCCCAGCGGUCUGCAACGGGAUCUAUGGAUUCAGGCCCAGCGUAGGUCUGAUUCCUCAUGACGGUGUUCGAGACGUCACCACGCCGGGGACAGAUGGUAUCCGUUCAACAGCCGGGCCUAUGGCGACCUCACUUCGGGAUUGCUCUCUGCUUCUAAAAACGGUUAUGCAAGCAGACACCUGGAAAUACGACAGCACUUCAAUCUCGAUUCCAUGGACAGAUCUUCGACCUGUACGCAAGCUGCGGAUUGGCGUUGCUCAAAAUGACGGCGUUUUUACCCCGUCGCCGCCAGUUAGACGUGCCUUAGACCAAUCAGUCGAUCUUCUCCGCGGCAAUGACAGCAUUGAAAUCAUUCCAAUCACCCUCCCCAACGUCGGAUUGCAUUAUCAAGACAUCAUGAGAUACUUCGCGCUAUUAGGAAAUGAUUACUACUACGAACAGUUUGCGCGGACAGGGGAACCAGCUAUCCCCUCACUCGAAAAUAUCGGUCUCCUAUCGCUUCCAGGAACGGAUCUUAAAGGCUUCUUCGAUCUGAAUGUCCGCCGAGCAGAGGCUGCAAAGAACUACCUCAAGUUGUUCCGUGACAACGAGAUAGAUGUGAUUUUAAUGCCACCAGCGCCACAUACAGCAGUUCCACUGGACACCUGGGUCAAGGCCGCUUAUAGUAGCCUAUGGAACUAUCUUGAUUAUCCAGCAAUUGUGGUUCCUACAGAUCAUGUGCGGGACACUGAUUCCACUGACGAUUUGAGCAACGCCCAAUUUGGCCUAGAGGAUAAGAAGCUAUACAGUCUAUACACCGGCCCAGAACAGUACAAGGACGCACCGGUUGGUAUCAUGGUGGUGGGAUAUAAACACAAAGAUGAAUCCUUAUUGAAUGCGGCAGCUGUACUAGACUCAAUCCUAAACAAGCAGGGAUAUAAACACAAAGAUGAAUCCUUAUUGAAUGCGGCAGCUGUACUAGACUCAAUCCUAAACAAGCAUUAG